AUGUUGCGCAAUAUACCCCCCUACUCUGUGGAAUCCGAGACCGCUGAAGUUAGUUUGGGGGGAACAGUCUAUAUCUACUACAUCGUCCAUAGAUCGCAAUCUUUACAUAUGUACGGAGUACUCGUAAUUAAACAAGCCUUUGGCGAUUUCCAACCCCUACGGAAGACACAGCUGCUUACUAUCCCUACUGUUUGCUAUCUUUCAUUCUUGGCCACGGCCAACCGGUUCUGCGCCAGGGCAAGUACGGAGUUUACCUCAUUCAUCAUCCACAGAAUGGUCAACGUGCUCAGUAAGGCGUUCUCAUGUCCUUUUGGGAAUACCAAGACUUGUCUGCAUAUUCCCAUCGUCGAAUUGGAUACAAGCAUUGCUCCGUACCGUACUCCUCCCUGGAAGAGCACAGACGUUAAAAUUGCCUCCUAUUUCUCAACCCGCCGGUCCGGCCCUUGUCGUCCUAGCCGGCCCGCUCCCACUCCCAAUCUCACAAGAUUUUCCGGCGUUUCACGCUCUGUCAAUCAAGUUACCCCAUUGUUAAGGGGAAGAUCUAGAAUUUCUGAAUACCACUUUGGCGCUAGGCCCGGAUCAGUACUAAGACAUGCUGCCUUACAAUAUCCUCCAACCUGGCUGGUGAGCAUGAAGCUAGCAUCAUACUCAAGAAGAGGACGUGAGGACUUCAAUCGGAUGCGGGGUGCAUAUAAGCACAUGCCGAAGAAAACAUAUUAUCCGGCUCCGCAUGCUGAACCCAACGUUGGUGUGCCAUUGACUCGGGCGGACAGGCACUUCACAUGA